CUUAAAAAGGGAGAUAAAAUAGUUUCUAGCUCUCUAGUUAAAAUUGUAGUGAAUUGUGAUGGCGUGUGUUGAUAUGGCGGUAAAUUCAGGUGCUAAACUGUGGACGCCUUUCAAAGAACUUUAUGAUGUAGUUGAUUCAGUGUUAUUAAAGAAACAAGUAGAAUCAGUUCACGAUUUGGAGGUGAUGUUAAGACGACAUAAACCUGAUUUUAUUUCACUUUUGAAGGCACCUGAAAAGAACAGUGUACAGAGAGAGCUGGUGAAGAAAGCCACAAAAGAGGGUUUGCCUGUCUAUUCAGAGCAAAGAACUCAAAUUCUUUCUCAAGAUGUCAUUGAUGAAUCAUUACUUUUAAGCGAUCUCCAUAACAUCAAUGAAUUUGCUGCAGUUGAGUUCAUACUCUCAGGUCAGAACCAGCAGCCAAAUUAUCCAGGACUUAGUCGAGGCUUAGUGGCUGUUCUUCUCUAUUAUGAUGGACGUAGAGCCCUGUGCAGUUCUUUGCGUGUCCUGCUUCAAGCACGUGAAGGACGGAUGUGGACCAUGGGGAAUGAUCAAGAAAUCACAGACCUUGUUAUGAAAUAUACAGACAACCUCAUAGAAAAUGGACUUGUCAACAAAAUAUUAGACUUAAUUCAGAAAAUGGACCUUGAUUCAGAAAUUGAAAAACUGGAAAGAGAUAGAGCUUUAGGUCCUCCCAAACACAGGAAACAGGUUAUAGAAUUGUUCAAAGAAAUUCGGCUCUGCCUAGCUGAAUGCUUGUUUUAUCUGGCAGCCCAGCAGCCUCUCCAAGAACAUGACACCUUACAGCUUAUAGCUUUUUUAAAGGAGCACUGUCAAUGGAGUCCAGAUGGGUCUUUGGAUUCAGUGUCUUUAUUUCUUCUUAUAGCACUCUUGUACUGCUUUGAUAAUAGCAUUUUGGAGAUUGAAGAUAAUGAAGAAAUGAUUCAUAAUUUUCCAAUAUUGUCAGAUGAUCAAUACAUUCGCAGCAUCCACCAAGUUCUUGUAUCAGAUGAGCUAUGGACCCAUCCAGAAGUCAGAGCAGUUAUUAGAUUUGCCUGGGCCAUGAGCCUUCGCCAGCUAUAUAUUUCACAGCACUCUUGUGCUCCAGGUGUCAAUGAGUAUUGUGAGGAAGAUGAAACUAUUGUAAUGGCUGCUAUCAAAGAAAAAGUAUUUCUGUUUCUCAGAACUCAAGUUGUAGCUUCCCCAAGUUUCUUUCAAGAGGAGUUUUUUGUUUCUCGUAUUCAUGGUCUGCUGACUGAUUUUAUUGUUCACAUGCCACUCAAGGUAACAGAACUACGAAACAUUGACGAUGAAACAGCUAGAAUUAUUCUGGUUCAUAUUCAAAAAGGAUUGGAUCCACCAUCAAAUUUAAGCAGAGAUUUUGAAGAACUUCUAAAACUCCUUGCAUAUCUAUAUGGAGAUGAUAGACUUGGUUUGGAAUAUGCAUUAGAAUAUUGGUACCCUGCUGAAUCUAUUCAAACUGAAAGUCAUUUUGGACCUGGGACCUUACGUCAUCGUCCGACUCAGCGUCAGGUUGCUCUUCACAAAUUUGUACGAUUAGCUGGAGAUCUGUUGCCUUCUUCUCUCUAUGUGCCUUAUAUCAAAAUGUUAACAGGUUUGGCAAAUAGCCCUCAGUGUGCUUGGCACUGCUAUAAUCUUUUGAAAAUGAACAGUAUGAACUCUGGAGGUUCUACACAAAUGGUAUCUUGGGAUCACAUUUUUCUUUCUCUGAAUCAGUACUAUGUAAGUCUUCGCCGUGAAGUUCCCUGUCAGACAUUUGGUAGUUACCAUGCACAUGGUGGAAUCACACCACAGGAACAAGAAGCACUCAUAGUUGUUUUACAACUUACUCAGCAAAUUGCCAAUCAGAACAAAGAAAGCCGUAUAGCAAUAUAUGAGAAUCAGCAAUGGAUGGCAGUGACAGUUUUGUUUGGUUUGGCUAGUUGUAGCAUCCCUGUAGGGUUAAAAGCUGAAGUUUUGCUGACCUUAACAGCUCUGGCAAAAAGCCCUGAAAUAGCAGGGACUAUUUGGCAGGGUUUGGAAUCAUCUCAGAUUGUAAGCACCAUUAGCAACUCUAGCCAACACCACCAACUUGGAGGUAUACAGACUGAAUUAGAAGAGGUUGAAAGCCGUAAUGAAGAAUAUGUUUUAACAAGAGCCUUUCUUAACCUGAUCAGUACCUUAAUUGAUCAUUCCAUUCCAGCUGGUUUGGGUGCUGGACACAGAUCUCCUGGUUUUCAACCUUAUUUGGAUUUUAUUAUUGAUGGAGUAUUCCUUAAAUGCUUUUCAAGAGCUUACAAGAAUCCAACAGAAAAGUGGGAUGUUGCUAUUAGAGUAGUGGAAAUUCUUUACAAGAUAUUAUGUGAACAUAAAAUUCAACCAGAACAUUUUAUUGGAGAAUCUCAGAUAGGACAAGGAGAAAAUAUGGCUAUGCUGAAUAGGCUACCUGGACAUGUUUUGCUAAUUCUAAUGCUCAAUGAUUCUGGACUACUACAAAUGAUUCUCAAGAUAUUGAAUGAUUCCCUAGUGCAGUUUGCAACAUAUGUGGACUUUCCUGGCAGAGCAUCUCUUGAGAAAGCAUGCCUCUAUUGUUUGCGUAUGAUUGAGAUUACUUUGGAGAAAGAAGAUGCAUUUUUGGCUGCAAUUCGAGAAUCUGGGUCAUCAAUUGUUGUUGUCUGUUUAGACAGGCUGAUGCGUGGAGUGAACCCAGCUACAGGGAAGCCUGACCAUUUUGUUAACAUUGCCAAGUUUGUCAUUUAUAACAACCAGUUAUAUGAGCAUGCAUUAUCAGCCAUAAAGAUCCUUUUCCUGGUGUGUCGGUCAGUUUCAGUACAAUCUGACCUAGUUGCUAUGUUCACAGAAAAUGAGAUCAUUCAAAGAGAAUUACUUCAAGGAUUUGUUGAGUGUAUGGAGAACGAAGAAGAAGAAGUUGCUCCUACAGAAGGUCAAAGAUUUCUCAAUAUGCUAGAAAUUCGUAACACGAUGCGUAAACAUUUGAUGCAACUUCUGAUCAACUCUUUAGAUUACCCUGCACCAAAUGUUGCCCUUUUCCUGUUGGGAUUUGAACUCAGAAAGCCAGUUGAGAAAACUAACCUUCAAGAUCCUGGUGUUCUCGGAUGUCCCCGAACUUGUCUCCAUUCAUUGAUAACUAUUCUGAAUCGUGGUGUUGGAAGCCGCACAGGACCUCGGUGUUUGACUUUCACCCCCCAACUUGCUGAGUUAGCUUACCAUCUACUUUAUGUGCUAUGUGCAAACAAAGAAACCUCCCCACCAACAAUGCGCUACCUGAGAACUGUGCAUGAUUUUUUCUAUCGGCAACUUAAACAUCUUCCAUUUAUUGGAGAAUCAUCCAAAAGCCCUUUGAUGAACCAGCAGUCUUGGCUUUUGAAAGCUAUGGCUCUAGAAUUGCGCCUGACAUCCAUGAAUAGACAUCGCUCCCACACUCAGCGCUUAAUGAAAUUACUGCUUGAAGAUGUUGAUGUUGAUCACAUUUCAGUGACACAGGCUUAUGGAGCAGAAGAAAAUGAUUAUAGCACUUAUGGAGGAAAAGAAGCUUCCAUAUCACAGUAUCCAACAAUUCCUUCAAGCUGUUUCAUGACUGGUACGCAGACAAGACGCAAAAUUUUACGCAUAUUAGACUCUUUAGAUUUCACCCAAGCCUGCCCUCAACGUUGUCCACUUCAAUUUUUUGAAGAAAAUUUGAUUGAAGAUGUCAUAAAAUCAUGUUGCAAAAGGCCUAAAAAUGGACCAGCAAUAUGUGAUGUUAAAGCCUUGCGCCGAGUUCUUAUUGGAGAAAUUAGCAACUUACAGGGCACAACUCUGGCAGGACAAAGGAGUUUAAUUUUAAGGGAAGUUGAAAUAAUCUUGGAACAGGUGGUCUCCAGCAAUGCAGUAUAUCAAAGUCUGUACUCCAAGUAUGUAGCUUUUGAGGCUUGGCGUCAGGUGACUGAAGUUUUGGUAACUGCUUGUACUCCUGAUUUAUUGGACAAAGAAAGUCAACAUACUCUUUUGUUUGAAUUGUUGCAAGACCUUCUCAUUAAGGUAGCAGAUAAUGAUGCACUGCAAGAACUUACUGCACCUGUUGCUGGAGUUAUCCUAGUGGUGAUGGCCAAUUUAAGGAGAUGUUUUUCAGCUUCAGAAUUCCUUACUAGUCAUGAAGAGCUACAACAAAAUCAUUCUCUAACACCUUCAUCAAAGAUUGGAACUCGUACUCUGUUUGCAACUUCACUACAUAUUGUUUUGAAAGGCCUACUAGAUUACAUACAGAAGUCUUGUGGGAGUCAGCAGAAAGUGCGAACAUAUUUAUAUGGUUCCCUUCUUUAUUAUCUUCAGAUUGCACAAAAAUCUACCCUACCUAGUUGGUUGUCUUCAGAAACAGAGGUUUUGGGUGUUACCCAAGUAUUGGUUGCUUCAGGUGAAGGAGAAUUUGACAAUUUAUCCAAAGAGAAUUUGUCAAUUAUUUUAUCAUAUGGUGAUUCCUUACUAGAAAUAAUCUGCAAAGAUAUAUGUGAUGGACAUAAUGUAGGAAGAUUACUAGCUCUUUCACUUCUGGAUUGUAUACUUUCUCUGGACAAGAGCAAUCAGUGCUUGAACUUCAUGAUAUCCAAAGGUUAUCUGCAGCAUCUUAUUGAUGGCAUUCUUACCGAUGAUACUCACUUGCAAAAUCUGUUAAACUCAUCAGUGGAAUCUUUAAAGCAUCUUUACAGUUUUGAAGGACGUAUGACAUUUUGCAGUCGAGUGGCAUCAUCCCCUGCUGGAGCGUAUUCAUUACUGCGCCAUGGUUUCAUGCAACGGUUAGCUGAAUGUGAAGUGUUCUCUAUGCGUCCAGAGCAUGAAAGGGGACACACUGAAGGCAAUACACUUAUGGAUGAAGAAAUGGGUUUAUCACCUUUGGCCCGCUAUCGCCGACUUCUUUUCCCUGUCCUCAAAGUUUGUUUGGCUAUCAUUUCUUCAGUUGGAGUAGAAAACAGCAAUGCAGCCAAAGAGAUACUCAUCUUUAUUGUUUCCCAUGGAGAUGUGUUUCAUGGCAUUUUGAGAGAUCGCCACAGCUUGCAUGAUUUAGGUGCUCUACAAGAGCUGGAACUGGCAACAGCUGUUAUCAGUAAAGUUGCUGUACAUGCUGAAGCAAAAAAUUCAAAUUUAGAAAGUAAUGUGGGAGUGAUGACUUCAAUGGAAUUUUAUAGCCAAGUGAGCCGCAUUCAACGGGAGAUGCUUGGGCUACUCCAACGUUUUGUUUUGACUGAGAAAGUGCUGAAAGUUUUUCAAAACCUUGACACUAAGCCGACUGUUGAUGGUAAUGAUAUCAGAGCUGAGAUUUCUCUUACCUAUAAAAAGGUGAUGACCAAUGCUGUAGCUUAUUGUCGUUUGCUCAUCACAAAAUCCAAUGGAGAUUUUGAGGUCUUGCAGGUCACUGUGGGCUUCUCACAAGCUUUUCUGACUAGUUCAUUGCAGAUGCUGAAGUCUAAAGGUUUCAAAUCAGGUGUUGAAGGGGGCCAAGUGUCCUUAUCCAAAAACCUGUUCCCAAACUCAUCGCUGAGAAAUUUUGAUCCACUGCACUUGUGUGACAAGGAGCUCCAUCUGAUGGAAUAUACAUCAUUCUCUCGUACCUAUGCUGCUGGUCAUCCACCUAACCUUACCAUUGUUGUGCAACAUCUGAAGCAAUGUAGCAGUCAGUUUAUGUCAGUAUUUGAUAGUUACCAACAGCUGAAGAGGAAACUGGCCAGUGUUACUGACUUGACAGCAGAUGACCUUAAAGAAUACUCUGGUGUUGCAGAUUUAGAGAAAGUAUCAACACAGCAACAACAACAAUUAGCAAAGAAAAGACUUGUCCAAAUUAUUGGAUACCGUUAUCAAGAAUUACAAAAUUUUUCUUAUAUCAUUGAAAACUGCUUGUUCAUAUUAUGGCGUCACUUGGAGUAUUAUUUACUACAUUGUGUCCCACUUGAUCAACAACCAAGUUUGUACCAAACUCAGCAUAGGGAGCAGUCUAAGCAAUUCAGUGAUAUGACGUUCUCAGUUUCCCAUAAAAACUUUGAUCCAAAUUCUGGAAGUCAUGACUUUAUAGCUAGUGUGACAUGUGAAGAACUUGAUACCCUAAAAUGUAAUGCCCCAGCUAUUAUAGGAGAUACUCUAAUGAAAAAAAUUCUGGAAAUAAACCAAUGUUUUGGCAAAGCUCGAAGUCACUACAGUUUUGUUGGAGCAGUUGUUCGUCGAAUCCGUCGAUUGCUUAGACUUCAUACAUCAGAUACUUGAUAUUUUUAUACCAGUGAAUAUAAUAUUUGUGAAUAAAGAUGAUGCAGUAUAUUGAGUCUUUUCUA